GCGUUCUCAGCCCUAUCCUGCACUCCCUGUUCACCCACGACUGCAUGGCCAUGCACGCCUCCAACUCAAUCAUCAAGUUUGCAGACGACACUAGAGUGGUAGGCUUGAUUACCAACAACGACUAGACUGCCUACAGGGAGGAGGUGAGGGCCCUCGGAGUGUGGUGUCAGGAAAAUAACCUCACAUUCAACGUCAACAAAACGAAGGAGUUGAUUGUGGACUUCAGGAAACAGCAGAGGGAGCACCCCAUUAUCCACAUUGACGGGACAGUAGUGGAGAAGGUAGAAAGUUUUUAAGUUCCUCGAUGUACACAUCAUGGACAAACUGAAAUGGUCCACCCACACAGACAGCGUGGUGAAGAAGGCGCAGCAGCGCCUUUUCAACCUCAGGAGGCUGAAGAAAUUUGGCUUGUCACCAAAAACACUCACAAACUUUUACAGAUGCACAAUCGAGAGCAUCCCGUCGGGCUGUAUCACCGCCUGGUACGGCAACUGCUCCACCCACAACCGUAAGGCUCUCCAGAGGGUAGUGAGGUCUGCACAACGCAUCACCGGAGGCAAACUACAUGCCCUCCAGGACACCUACACCACCCAAUGUCACAGGAAUUCCAAAAAGAUCAUCAAGGACAACAACCACCCGCGCCACUGCCUGUUCACCCCGCUAUCAUCCAGAAGGCGAGAUCAAUACAGGUGCAUCAAUGCAGGGACGGAGAGACUGAAAAACAGCUUAUAUCUCAAGGCCAUCAGAUUGUUAAACAGCCAUCAAUAACAUUGAGUGGCUGCUGCCAACAUACUGACUCAACUCCAGCCACUUUAAUAAUGGAGAAAUUGAUGUAAUAAAUGUAUCACUAGCCACUGUAAACAAUGCCACUUCAUAUAAUGUUUACAUACAUUUACAUUUACAUUUAAGUCAUUUAGCAGACGCUCUUAUCCAGAGCGACUUACAAAUUGGAGAGCGACAUUACUCAUCUCAUAUGUAUAUACUGUACGCUAUACCAUCUACUGCAUCUUGCCAUCACUCAUUCAUAUAUUUAUAUAUGUAAAUAUUCUUAUUCAUUCCUUUACACUUGUGUGUGUAUAAGGUAAUUGUUGAGUAAUCUAACCUAACAAUUCCACAUUGGAUAUUACUGCAUUGUCGAAACUAGAAGCACAAGCAUUUCGCUACACUCGCAUUAACAUCUGCUAACCAUGUGUAUGUGACAAAUAACAUUUUAUUUUAUUUUAUUUGAACAGAAAUUGAAUAAUGUGUCCCUGAACAAAGGGGGGGGGUCAAAAUCAAAAGUAACAGUCAGUAUAUGGUGUGGCCACCAGCUGCAUUAAGUUCUACAGUGCAUCUCCUCCUCAUGGACUGCAUCAGAUUUGCAAGUUCUUGCUGUGAGAUGUUACCCAACUCUUCCACCAAGGCACCUGCAAGUUCCCGGACAUUUCUGGCAGGAAUGGCCCUAGCCCUCACCCUUUGAUCCAACAGGUCCCAGAUGUGCUCAAUGGGAUUGAGAUCCGGGCUCUUCGCUGGCCAUGGCAGAACACUGACAUUCCUGUCUUGCAGGAAAUCACGCACAGAACGAGCAGCAUGGCUGGUGGCAUUGUCAUGCUGGAGGGUCAUGUCAGGAUGAGCCUGCAGGACGGGUACCACAUGAGGGAGGAGGAUGUCUUCCCUGUAACGCACAGCGUUGAGAUUGCCUGCAAUGACAACAAGCUCAGUCCGAUGAUGCUGUGACACACCGCACCAGACCAUGAUGGACCCUCCAACUCCAAAUCGAUCCCGCUCCAGAGUACAGGCCUCGGUGUAACGCUCAUUCCUUCGACGAUAAACGCAAAUCCGACCAUCACUCCUGGUGAAACAAAACCACGACUCGUCAGUGAAGAGCACAUUUUGCCAGUCCUGUCUGGUCCAGCGACGGUGGGUUUGUGCCCAUAGGCGACGUUGUUGCCGAUGAUGUCUGGCGAGGACCUGCCUUACAACAGGCCUACAAGCCCUCAGCCUAUAGUGGACAGUCUGAGCACUGAUGGAGGGAUUGUGUGUUCCUGGUGUAACUCGGGCAGUUGUUGUUGCCAUCCUGUACCUGUCCCGCAGGUGUGAUGUUCGGAUGUACCAAUCCUGUGCAGGCGUUGUUACACGUGGUCUGCCACUGCGAGGAUGAUCAGCUGUCCGUCCUGUCUCCCUGUAGCGCUGUCUUAGGUGUCUCAGUACGGACAUGGCAAUCUAUUGCCCUUGCCUCAUCUGCAGUCCUCAUGCCUCCUUGCAGCAUACCUAAGAUAUGUUCACUCAGAUGAGCAGGGACCCUGGGCAUCUUUCUUUUGGUGUUUUUCAUGAGUCAGUCGAAAGGCCUCUUCAGUGUCCUAAGUUUUCAUAACUGUGACCUUAAUUGCCUACUGUCUGUAAGCUGUUGGUGUCUUAACGACCUGUCUACAGGUGCAUUUUGAGCUGCAAAUACGGUCGCCCGUGUGAGUUUUUUUUAUGCACGUGAUGUUAGAACGUUCUCUCCAUUCCAGAAUGUAUACAAUGCAUUCUGGAUUUCACGUGAUCGUCUGUCGGACCAAAGAUGCUAUAACAAAAUGAGGUGACUCAGCGUUCACUCAUUUUGAGAACUUCAUGAAGUGAAUGGUGGGAUGUGAACGAUGGUAGACGAAACACCCCUUCAACAUGCAUGCUAUAAACAGACCAAACUCAUCUUGUCUUUUAUUAUCUUUCGGAAAAAAGCUUGGCUGCGGGCUGAAACUAAUUGUCUGAUUACUUUCGAUUUCUAGAAAGUAUUUAACUCAACGGUGAGCUCACCUGUGAUGGGAUUCAUUAGACAUAGCAAUUGCUAUUAGCUAAUUCAUAUUGUAGUUUCUGUCAGCCGAGAGUUAGGAAAUAUGACUGCUUGUGUUGAGUCAAUAUUUCCUCAGUUAGCGCUAGGACAAAUGAAGCCUACAUUUUUCCGGUUAAGAUGAUUGUGUUAUGCUAUAGAUACUUCUGUGAAUAUCUUAACAUUACAUCCAAAAAUAAACUGCUCACAUUCUGGACAUAACUUUGUAAGGACUGUGUUUGUGUAAAAAGUUUCUGAAAAAAGUGUGGCCAGCUCAAAUGCUGAUUGUUGCGUCAUUCGAAACUGGCCGUUCUAAAUGAGCGUUCUAAUCACAUGGGUGGAAUGGUAUGUGUGAAAGGGUUAAUUGUUUAUGGUUCAUUGAACAAGCAGUUAAAGCCCUUUAUAAUGACGAUCUGUGACGUUAUUUGGAUUUUUACGAUUUAUCUUUGAAAGACAGGGUGCUGAAAAAGGGAUGUUUCUUUUUUUGCUGAGUUUACAUAUAAAGAGGAUAAAACAACAUGUAAACACUAUUAAUUAAAGUGACCAUUGUUCAAUGACUAUAUGUACAUAGGGCAGCAGUACUGGAUGGUAGCCGGCUCUUGACAGUGUCUAAGGUUCAGGGCAGGGUACUGAGCAGAGGUCAGUUAACCCUCAAGGAAUUAACUCGCCUCACCAUCAGUCUGAGACGAAAUAUGGGAACUCCUGAUGGCAAAAAUAAAGACAUCAUUUUACAUGUGAGAUGGGAAUUAGAUGUGAAAUUUACACAUUAUUUCCCUUAUUCUCUGAAGGAGGGUGGAUAUCUGACAAGAAUGAGCAAGAAUUGGCAAACUAUGCAAGUCCAGCACUGAGAGGAGGUGAUGGGGAUUGAGAAAUUACCGUUGCGUAUUCUUAUUCAUUGCAUUUGGCUUGGAGUGUGGGGAGUUGAUACCUCGUCAUGGACUGCUGAGGUGCCCGACUCAGUCUCCGGCCUGGAGGGCUCAUGCAUCGUGAUUCCCUGCUCAUUCAACUACCCAGAACCAAAGAUAAAGCCCACUGAAUUCACUGGCAUCUGGUUCAAAGACACUUCUGAGGUUAUCUACCACCCAGACAGCUCCAACGUCAUCACAGACUACAGGGGUCGUACAGAGCUGGUAGGAAACCUCAGACAGAAGAACUGCUCUCUCAGAAUCAACCCCCUCCAUAGCAGUGACAAAGGACCCUUUACUUUCAGGAUUGAUAUCAAAGACUUUAACAAGGCUUCAUACAAAGAUGACAGAGUCUCCAUUGCAGUGAGGGACUCUCCAGACCCCCUCUCUCUGUCAGUGAUGGAGGUGGUGAAGGUGGGGGAGGAGGUAUCUGCCUCCUGCUCUGUGUCUCACUCCUGCCCAUCUGAUCCCCCUCUCAUCACCUGGAGCCACUCUGGAACACCCAGCAUCCAAUCACAGCAGCAGACCAAGGGCCAGUGGGAAGAGACAUCAACCCUGACCUUUAGAUCCAGCAAAGCUGAUAACAACCAGCCUCUAGUCUGCACAGCAGCAUACAGGGGAGGGAAGACAGUGAAAAGCUCCAAGACGCUAACUGUCAAAUAUGCCCCAGUGGAUGUGAAGGUUAAGGAAGUGUCCAGUGUGAAGGAGGGAGACUCUGUAAAGCUGAGAUGCUCCAGUGACAGUAACCCUGCUGCCCACAGCUACCAUUGGCACAACAGCAGAGGACCUCUGCCCACCACUGAACCCACACUCACACUGGAGAAUGUGACCAGACUCACUGAAGCCCUCUACUGCACUGCCAUCAAUACAGAGGGACAAGGCCAAUCCAGCCCACUGAAGCUCAACGUAGAGUACCCCCCUGAGAUCAAAGUGGACUCUGCCUGCACUUCAGACAUCUCUAUGGUAACAUGUCUGUGCAUUGUGGAUUCAGAGCCCCCCAGCACUGUGGAGUGGUCUCUUCCAGCAGGACAUCUGCCCAGUACCAGGGUGGAGAUGCAUGGGUCAGUUACCAUGGUGACCAUACAGAGGGCACUAGGCUUCUCAGAGACCAUCCACUGCCAUGCCAGCAACACACAGGGCAAUGCCACCUUGUCCUUCACUGUGCCCACAAAUGAUAAGAUGUUCAUGCUGUACGUUUCAAUUGGUAUUGCUGCAUUAGUGGUGGUGGUAAUAUUAGUUCCCAUGUCAGCUUGCCUAUUGACUAAGAAGGGUGGGAGGAGUCAUAGUGACCAGCCAGUAGCCAGUAUACAGGACAUGGAUGCAACCAAGUGUGCUUCCUCAGAUCCCUCAACAUCAAUGAAAGAGCAGAAAGACACCAGCAGUACAAUCCUCACAAACUACUACACCACCGAUCAGCUAUAUGGCAACAUGGAGGCUGAAGAAGAUGGCGACCCAUGCGAAUGUGUUGGUGGAGACGAUGCAAUCUAUGGUAACAUUUGAACACAACAGGAAGCAUGUGGGAGUCAGCUGGCUCAGAGGCCAUUGUAGUUAGUCUGUCAAAAGCUCCAGUAAAAUAUUUACAUUUUAACCCAAUGUAGCACAGCAGCCGACUGCUUAUUUGUUAGCUUUAUUGUUAUUAUGGCUAAAGAAUAUAGUACAUUCUUAUUUGUGUUGUGGCUUGUGUUAUGGCUUUCACAAGGCUUUCACAAGGCUUUUGUUUGUAUCUAUGGCUUGGGUGAAUCAAAAUGAACCUGAUAUGAAUGGCUAUACAGUUAUACUUAUUGGGAAGUGUAUAUACAGUAUAUUAUUGUUUUUGUGUUGCUCCUUUCAACUGUAAUCCACUUAUGUGUAACUGACACUCAGGUCAGCACAGUGCUUCUGUGGUCCCCUUGAAUGUACAGAGAGAUACAGUAUAGUGUCAUUUGUCAAAACAGGCCAUAUUGAGAUAUACUGUAUGUACUUGAGAUGGAGAAUACAACGAUUGUAAAGUAAAGUACCUUGAACAUUUUCUCCAGAUCAGAUUGAAUAUGAACAUGUGUAAAUGUUCAACAACAACAGUGAUCAAAUGAAAAAUAUCUGUGUUUCAUUGCAUUUUAAUAUAGUCUGUAAUGUUUGUUUCUGAAUAUCCCAAUCUACUAGCGAGUUAUUUUUCAUCCUUUAUGUUCUUACUGGGACACGCUGAUCCACAUUGAUCUAAUGUGUGGGAAAAACAAACAUCUAUUGUUAUCAUAAAUCAACUUCAAGUACUCAAAGAAUGUAAAUGUCAAGCAGAAGUAAUUGUUAGUCACCAAUGAGCUGCUGUCUCCACUUGUCUUCCUCUUCUCAGGGGUCUUCACUGGUUAUCACCGCCACAAAGUCAUAAACCCCACCUAUAUCUACAAAUUAUCUCAUUCAAAUCUGCUUUUAAACCCAACUCUAACCUUAAAUUAAAAACAAAACACAUUUUUGUUUUCAUAGAUUAUAAGGAUAUAGUCCGUUGACGUUGUGGCUGUGUUAUCUAGUUGAAACUCUUCACAGGUCGUCGUGGCCUCUGUAAAUCAACACAUCUCCUCCUGUUGGUUCAUAGAAGGUAUUACAUCAUAUGUUUAUGUGAAAUGGAUUGAGGAUUGAUGAGCAAGAGAAGUAGAGGACUAAAAUGUGAACAAACGUAAUUAAUGCACCACCAGUUCUGUCUGGUCUGCUCUAGAUUCACAUCAAAGAUUAUCAUGACGAUUUUGUUGUAGAUUUGGAUCACAAUAAAUAAUAAAAGCCCAUCUAGAGAAUCUA